AUGCUGCUGCGAAAUGCCCUGUCAUUUGGCGCCAAAACCUAUCAACUUAUACCUUUGAAUACCACCGUGGUUCAAAAUGUUCGCAACAUAAGCACUGAACUGGCAGCUGCCCUCCGACCGUUCUAUUUUGUAGUUCAUCCCGACCUAUUUGGUCAACAUCCGGAGCAACGAACGGUCAAUGAGGAAUCAUUGAAACAACUCAGUGCACACAUGCAAAUGAUCCAAGAACGUAAAUUGUCCAUUUUGCGUGAAACGAAAAUAUUGAAAUUCUACAUACGUGAAGAAAAUGGAGAGGAUAGAAGUAAAUUUAAAUUGAUACAACUUACAUUGGAUAAUAGGACGAGAGAUCCAAAGACUAUAAUAACUAAACUACUGGAACUGUGUAAUCUGCCAACGGACUAUGUUAAGAGUUUAAAAUCUACACCUAUUGACGAUGUUAAACCCAGUGGUGGAGGGGGUUUUGCCGAUAAUGGUGCUGGAUUUAGGGCUAGUCAAGAUUAUAAUUAUGGGUCACAAUUUGCCGGCUUUGAGAGUUCAUAUUAUAGGGCCAAAGAGGAAACUAAAAAAUCAAUCGACGAAUGGAUUGCUGAAAAUUCGAAUUUAGCUAAAAAGCGAGCCAAAGACUUACAACCCCUCAAACGCGAUGUCGAAGUUUUACAAAAGGCUGUCAUCGAAAAUUUAGGACUUAAAGAUGCUCGCUAUGAUUGCGGUUGGAAUUUUGAACACUAUCGCGGCUGCCUGAAGACUUUAGAACGUUUGGCAUCGCUGCACAAAGAUCAUGUCAAACAUUUACGUAAUCGCGUUGUGGUCUUUGCUCCAUUUACUGGCAUUAGCUUAGAGGGACAUGUAAUGCUAUUUACCGGCGAUGUUCUCAACAAUUGGAUUGAAUUUAUACGCAACAUUCCCAAACAUGAUGCUUUCCUCAAGAAAAUACCGCUCUAUGAAAAUACUCUAUCGCAGGUGCUGAGAAAAAUUCGAAUUGGUCGUCGUAAAUUUAUGCCAAAACAGCAGGCCGUGGAAUAUGCCAGUCAUUUGAAUAAGGUUACAACGACAUUGGGUGAUUAUUUAACUGUUAAUAAAUUUCCAAAAUCAUGGCCCGAUACACUGACGGAAUACGAGAUUGUAAUUGAAUCGGAGGCAGGUCCUCUAAUGGUCAGUCCCACGGGACAAUUAAUAACACCCGCCACCUGUCCCGGCUUUAUGCUAGUUGAUUUUAUAACAACAAAUUUAGCGGUAGCAAAAGAACGCAUGGCAAAAUAUCAAGAAGAGAAACAUGUGGAACGUGAACUGACAAAACGAUGCAUUGAAGAAAUGAGAUUAAAAUCACUAACCAAAGAUGAUUCGAUAACGCCUGAAAAAAUGAUCAACACCCUUAACGACCUACUGAAAUGUAAUAAAAUGCAAUUUGCCGACAUCGAUUUGCACAUAGCAAAUUAUUAUUCUGUUCUAACGGAUGGUAUUGUUUGUAUACCAUGGGAUUUCAAUACAAGACGGUAGUAUUCAACAAUGACAACAAAUAAUUUUACAUUUG